AUGACAGCGUCCGUUGUUGCACAUGAAAGGUCUCUAGACUACAUAUUUUCUACUAUUUAUUCGACGUACAGCAUCCUCGGAAUCAUUCUCAAUUCAUAUGUACUAUUGUUAACAGUCACUCAAAAACACAACUCAAUCAAAGAAUAUCGAAUUCUGUUAGGAAAUUCAUCAUGUGCGCUUCUGCUGCUUUCGUUGUUGACGUUUUUCCUACAGAUACGGUUCGUCAUUGUGGGGGACUCGCUUGGAUACGUAGCCCUAGGACCUAUGAGAUUUUUGGAUAUGCCUCGUCUAGCACUUUUUUGCACAGCGCUGUUUCUAGCCAUCGACUUUUAUGCAUUUAUGACAAUCGCUAUGUGCAUGGUCUACAAAUUUGCAACUUUAAAGGGAAAAAGUGCCAGUGAAAAACAACUUUUUGUUGCUGCAGUUUUAUUCUCCCUCCUUCCUAUAUCCACUGGAGUUGCUCUGCUCGUUGAUAAUCCAGACUUCUCGGAAUUGCACGUCAUUUUGAAUAAAUUGAAACCCGAGUACGAAUUGCAAAGAUACGGGAACUAUUGUGGCUUACCAGACGUCAAAAACAUAUACGUCAUGUAUUUGAUUACUGUGCUAAGCGGAAUUGCAAUCACGUCAUUUGUGGUGAUGGUAACAAUAGGGUUUCAGAUGAGAAGCUUUUUUAUAAAAAAUGCUAACAGUAUGUCUACCAAAAACGCCCAGAUGUUCAAGAGGAUGGUAAAGGCCCUCAUACUCCAAUCUUUCAUGCCUUUGGUGUUCUCGUUUCCUGGUAUUAUCCUAUAUAUGCUGCAACAAUUCUUAUCUUUCCGUAGUAUCGCAGCUGAGUAUCUAACAAUUUCACUGUCACCAUUGGUGGUUGUGGUUGAUCCGUGUAUCACUAUCUUCUAUGUUUUGCCGUACAGGCGUAAUCUCUCAAAAAGCCUCGGAGUUCAUCAAAAAGUCAGCCGAUGCGUUAAGCAGCAAACACUGACCGGGAUAUUUGCAACUGUCUUUGUGUAA